AUGUUUACAAGCACAACACGCUCCCUACUGGGAGCUGGAAAGCAUAUUCGGGUACCCGUGCCCGUUCGCUCGCUAUCAACCCCGAGUCAACCUGCUACACCCACUACGGCCCCAGCCUUGGAGACGACACCGAAGACAGCACCCCAGCCUGUCGCAACCCCGGCUCUUGAAUCAGUAUCGACACCAACCCCAGAGCAGCCCUCCGAGCCACGUGUGAAAGAAUGGUCUGAGCGACUGGGAGCCCUGGGCAAGGGCACCAGGCUGCCACGAAGCGUGCAAGCGAUUUAUAUGCGACCUCUUCGGAGAAAGGCGGAAUAUGGCCUUCCUGUCUGUGAUCUCCAGCUUCGUUCCUACAGCGUUGAGAAUGUGGAAUUCUUUGCCGACUUUGCAAUCCGUGCUGCCUAUUACCUCAAUCUCCCCGUCUCCGGUCCCGUCCCUCUCCCACGCAUCGUCGAACGCUGGACCGUCCCACGAAGCAACUUCGUUCAUAAGAAGAGCCAGGAGAACUUUGAGCGCAUUACCCUCCGCCGGUUGAUUCAGAUCAAGGAUGGAAACCCAAAGGCAGUGCAAGCUUGGCUUGCUUUCUUGCGGAAACACGCAUUCUAUGGUGUUGGCAUGAAAGCCAACGUUUGGGAGCAUGACAGCCUUGAUGUUGGUAAAUCGAUGGACGAAUCUCUUCCGGAGAUUGAAAAGACCCUGGGCUCGCACCUCGCCCAAUUCGGUCAGCGUAAGGAUAAUUCCGUGAAAGGCUCCAUCUUCGACACUUUGGACAAUGACCGAUUUGCCGAGCGUAAAAGCCUAUAG